GAGAAGAGCAGUACCACAGACUACUGGAGGAGAGUAAAAAAGGAGAGCAAAGAGAUACACUACAGUACUUCUCCAAGGGUUUUGUACAAUCUAUAUUACCUAGACUUCGACAACAUCAUACCACAAAAGUGCACCGUUAAUAGCUUAUAAUUAAAUUGCAAUCAUGAGAAUAACAGACAAGCUCGUACAAACGGCUGAGACAGCACUUCGGAAGUCGAUAGGUUUUCUGGCGAUUGAUGAAAGCACUGUCGAACCAGCAACAAACUGUCCAUACCAAUUCUCAAUCGAAGUUUUUCCGCCGAAGACCGUUGCAGGUCUUCAGAAUUUAUAUCCGCGAUUGGCUCGAUUGGGAAGCUUGGGCCCGUUAUUCAUUGAUGUGACGUAUGCCUCCGGUGGAGAAACGUGGGAGAUUUCGCUGGAGAUAUGCAAGGUGGCUCAACGAGCGUUCUCAUUGGACGCCAUGCUGCAUGUGGCCUGUAUAGGCAUGACCGAGGACAAGUGUCUGGAAAUCCUCAACGCCGCCAAGGAUGCACAAAUCCAAAACUUGCUUAUCAUUCGUGGUGAUGAACCCGUGAUACAUAAGAGAAACAACCCCAAAGCACAAGCCGAACCAUUAAAAGUGCUGAAUAAGGCGUUAGAUAUGGUCCAAUUGACGCGGAAACACUUUGGUGAUUACUUCUGCAUAGGUGUGGCUGGCUUCCCGGAGGGUCGUGUGGGGUGUGGGGCUGACAAAGUGGACGAUGGUAUUGCGCAUUUGACGGAGAAGGUGACUGCGGGUGCUGACUUCAUUCUAACUCAAGUGUUCUUUGACCCAGAGGUGUUCCUAACCUAUAUGCGCAAGUGUCGAGAAGCUGGUAUAAAUGUUCCGAUCAUUCCUGGUCUGAUGCCAAUCACCGGAUAUCAGCAACUGGUGCGCGUAGUGAAGCUAGCUGGUAUAACUAUCCCCGAGGGCAUGGCUAAGACCCUUGACAGCAUACGUAACGAUGAUGCAAAGGUGCAGGCCUACGGACAGCAGGUUCUACAAGAAAUCAUACUCAAGUUAAAGGAAAGUGGCGAAUCAAACUUCCAUUUCUUCACCAUGAACCUGGAGCAACCGCUGACUCAAAUUUUGCUGGACAAUCAAUUGAGCACAGUUGGCGAAAAUAAUAAACGGCGCACCCCUACUUCAAUGCGCAGUCUGCCCUUCAGCCAAGCACAGGCCGAUGGUGCAUUAGGCUCUAGGAGAGAGUCUGAGACAGUGCGUCCAAUUCACUGGCAGUACAGACCCUCCACUUAUAAACUACGCACGAGUGAGUGGGAUCGAUACCCGAAUGGACGAUGGGGAGAUAGCAGUAGUCCUGCCUACGGAAGUUUAAGUAACUACCAUUUGUUAACGUUGCACACAUCCGCAGGUGACAAGACGGUAUCGAAGUGCGGGGUGACUAUCAGGUCGGAGAGAGAUGUGUUUCGUAUCAUGUCAGCGUUCAUUGAAGGUAAAUUCCCCAGUUUGGUGCUCCCGUGGCAUGACGAGCCCAUCGCAAAAGAGACGGAACAGAUAUCGUCUAGUUUGAAAGAGCUCAAUGAUAAUGGUUUUAUGACGAUUAACAGUCAACCACGAAUCAAUGCUGUGCCUUCAUCGGAUCCGAUUUUCGGGUGGGGUCCGGCAGACGGUGUGGUGUACCAAAAGGCGUACCUGGAGUUUUUCUGCAGCGCUGCCAAACUGGAAGCGUUAUUCCAAAUACUGGGCAAAUAUCCCACCAUGAGUUUAUUGGCCGAGAAUGAGAAGGGCGAGAGGCGGCAACACAAAUCACAAGGGCGUGUGCAGGCAUUGACGUGGGGUGUGUUUCCCGAAAGCGAGAUUGUGCAACCAACCGUUACGGACCAGGAGAGCUUUACUGCUUGGCGCGAAGAGGCUUUCGGAUUGUGGAGAGUUAUGUGGAGUGACAAACUCGAGGCCGGUACAAAAGCGCGAGAUGUUUUGGAGUCGAUGAUUAGCAAAUACUACUUAGUGAGUGUAGUCGAUCACAACUAUAUAGAUGGCGAUUUAUUUGGCAUAUUUAAUGAGAUUAUUGAUACGGCGAGGGAGGAGGCUCCAGUGCGUAAGCCGUCUAUAAACUUCUUUAAGAGUAAGAAAGUGCG